AGGAUGAGGACCUUCAAUCAGCUUGUCUUUAUCGCCCUCGGGGCCGUUUGGUUCGUGGGGGUGCUUUCGGGAGCUACUUUUGGUUAUGGUGGCUAUGGCGUGUACGGCGGAGGAUGGCCGUAUGGCGGAUACGGCCUCAAUCGGUACGCCUAUGGCUAUUAUAACAAUCCAUUCUACUACAGACGAUUUGCCAGGAUGUACGACCCAUUCUACACUUCAAGGGGAGGCUACUUCAAUCGAGGAGGAUAUGGUAACUAUUACGGCGGUUACUACCUUUAGUCAUAAAAGGCCAAACGGUAGCCAAACUGUUUCAGACAAAAACGAAUCUGAGAAUUGAAGAUGGUAGAAGGGGUGCGUAUAGAUGAACUGGUCGAUUCAUGCAACUAAGAUGAUCGGCCCGAAUCAGUUUGGAGUUUUGCACAGGAAAACAUGCGAGUGUAAAAAGCUACCUAUUCGAUAAAUUUGAAAAACAGACGCAAUACACAGUCACGCAUGGAUGUUUAUACGACUUAAAAAUAUAUCUAAAUAACAAUUAAGGAAGCAAUACAUGAAUAAUUACGCAGUAAUAAAAGUUGGUGUACUUUUGUUAAUGCGAA